GCGACGCACGACGCAUUCCGCACCUUGGCUAUUUUCGUGAUUAAUUCGAAGAGCUGAGACGUAUUAUAAUAGAACCCAUGUUCUUCCAUUCUGUAACCCGAAUGUCUUAUAAUCGGUUUAAACACUAAAAGCGCAUGGAUAUUCAAUCAUUUCGGCCUGGUACUGCAAAAGGCCUUGCUAUUUCCUACGAAAAUUAGGUCAAGUGCUUUGUUUGUGUAACAUAGUGACCUCGAAAAUUGUUAAAUCUGUAUCAAUGUGAAGGAAAAGUGCUUAAAACCACCCGGACAAAAACAUAUGCAAGCAAAAAGUGCAGUUGACGCAGUUUUAGAGCUACUGGAAGUGGCAACGAAUACAGUUUGAAAAUCACUCUUAUUUUCUUAGGGUAUUUUGAAUAGCAACCAAAAUGAGUCAGUCUUGUAUACCAGUCAGCGCAAAGAUGUCGAAGGCAAAGAAAGUUUUGGAUGAGGCACGGGAAACCCAAAACCGGGAACUGGACCUGGUGGACAAGGGUCUGACGUCCUUUGAGGAGAUGCCUGGGCUGUUCAACAUGUCCAACAUCACCCGUCUGACCCUGUCCCACAACAAAAUCAGUGUGAUCAGUCCCGGAAUCGCGAAUCUCCUCAAUCUGGAGAUCCUCAACCUCUCAAACAACCAGCUGACCGAACUGCCCGUCUCGCUGUCGUCCAUGCCCAAGCUGCGAAUCCUCAAUGUGUCCAUCAACCGUCUGGUUUUCCUUCCCCGGGGCUUUGGAGCCUUCCCCGUGCUGGAAGUCCUGGACCUGUCGUACAACAAUCUGAACGAAACAUUGCUGCCUGGCAACUUCUUUGGAAUGGAAACUUUGCGAGCUCUGUAUCUGGGCGACAACGAAUUUGAGUAUAUUCCAAAGGAGGUGGGCCAGCUGAAGAAUCUGCAAAUUCUUGGACUGCGCGACAACGAUCUCCUGGAGCUUCCCCGUGAAGUUGGAGACUUGGCGCGCCUUCGGGAGCUGCACAUUCAGAACAAUAGGCUUCAGGUCCUGCCCCCAGAAAUUGCCCAGCUCGACCUCUUGAGCAACAAGUCGGUCAUGAAGAUGGAGGAGAAUCCCUGGGUCAAUCCCAUUGCCGAGCAAUAUCUGCUGGGCAUCAGUCACGUGAUCGACUACCUCAAAACGGAGACCUAUAAAAUCAUCUACAACCGUCAUUUGGCGGCUGGACGUAGUGGACCUCCGCCACCCAAGGCCGACAGGAGCAAGAAGGCAUCUAGAAUACGCGCAUAGUUGUCCUCGGGCCGAAACUCCCACGAAAUAAUGUGUUCGUCUCGUUCGUUGUUAACCAAAAACCGAUUUUGUAUACUAAUUUAUAAGUAUUUGUAAACUAAUGUGUAUUUUCGCAAGUGCCUUGACUCUUUUUCUCACUAAUUAAAAUUGAAAAACUA